ACCACAUAACCUUUCCUGGUAUUUAUCAAUAAUUCUCUGUAAAUCUAAACAGCUCUCCUGGAUUGACUUAAAUAAUUCAAGCUUGGCAUCUAGCUCGGCAUCACUUGCAACUAUAUGUUCAUCUUGUUUUUUACCAAGCUUUUUAAGUACAGUUUCUUUUGUUACCCAAUACUGGUGCUGCAUUUUUGACAUGGUAGAAUUGUUUCUGGUAUUGCCAUGGUGGUCUGACCAAUGAAAGUUCGAAGACAUAUGGCCAUCCCCAUAAGACCUACACAUAAACACAGGAUUCAAAGAACUAUAAAAAUAUCCUUCUGAUUUAGCAAGGCAAAGUCUAAACAUAAUAUUUCAAUCCUAAUAAUACAACAGUCAAUGCAACAAAAAAUAAACUUGAAUUUAACUUAAUUUGAUGUAUUUAAUGACAAUUCAUAUGAUUCAUAGUAUGUUUACCAUGAUGCACUGGAAGUAUUCAUUGCAGUAAUGAAAAGCCUAUAGAAAAUAAAUAAUUAAUGCGUUACUAUACGACUUAUUUCAUUAUGAUUCAAAAUGAUAUUGACUCUAUCACAUUCUGAUAACAUUACAAGCUCACAGCUUUAUCAGCUGUGAUAAGUAGACAAAGGUACACAAUGUUGAAAUCUAACUUUUUUCAAAAUUAAUUUUUUUUAAAUUACGGAGGUAAUAAGUUUAUAAUAUUUUUUUCGGUUCACUGAUAUUGACGUAAGCAAAUUGGUUCCAGACAAAGAAUUAAAAUUAUGGAAGAAACGGAACAAUCAAGUAGUUUCAUGAUUGCCCCUGAUGAACAAAGCAAAGAUGAGCUGCUGGAAAUAAUUACCAAGAUCAGAAAUUCGCAUCCUGAAUUGGAACUUUAUGUCUCUUGUGGCUGUAAUGACAAGAACUUCUGUGGAACAAAAUGUGAAUGUGCCACUAUAAAAGAGGAUAUAAGAACACUGUUUUCUCUAGGAGAAUUCAUUGAUAAUCUCAUUACCAGUCAAAAGAAAGCUCUUCAAACUCCUGUUGAACAAGCUAAACUAUAUAAAAUGCUGGAUAUGGUUUUUGAUAUGAAUCUUAAAUUUGGUGAAUGUAGCUGUGAACAAGAUGAAGAAAGCAAUAGCUCUGGAAAUGAGGAAUCAAUAAAUAAGAAUGAACAACCCGUAAACUGUGAGUGUCCGGAUCUUCCUAAGAAAAGAUGCGUAUUGAGACUCAUAAGAAAUGAUGUCUAUCAAAGAAUGAAACUGGUUAAGAAACUUAAUUUCCUACUCAUGGAAAAGAAUCAGAAGAUUGACAAAAUAAUAAAAAAAAGAGAAAGGAAUGACCCAAACUCACCUUUUGUUACAAAGAGUGUUGGUUAUGAUGAAGCUAUGCAUAAACUGAUAGAAAGAAAUCAACUUUUAAAAAAAAUGAAAGAAGAAGAUCUACCAAAGGCUUGCCUUUUUGACAAAACAGAACUUAUGGAACAAAUUGGUCAUCAUAGGAUUUUAACAAAACCUUUGCGACAUAUUUAUUUCCUUGAAGAAUUAGCUGGUAAAAUUAAAAAAAAGAUAGAAAGCUGUAAUAAUGAUCUUGCAGAUUCUUCAGAAUUAGAUGAAAGUGCUGAAAAAAAUGAAUGCAAUUGUCCUGAAAUUAAAAAAAAGAUAGAAUUCAUAAAAAAUUUCAAAACUAUGAUAGCCCGUUUAAAUCCCAUUCUCCAUAGGGAAGAACAGAUGCUCGAUUUUACAAAAUCGGAAGGAAAAACAUUAGAACAACUAAUAAGAGAUAAAAAAAAAGAGGAGCGGCACAAGCUAGCUGAUCUUGUACAUAAGCGGAAGGAUAUUGUGCAAAUUCUAAUAGAUCAACACAUACUAUUAGAAGAAGAAAGAAUAUUAACAGAUGUUAUUCUGAUGCUCAAUGCAUACAUAAAACAAAUUGAAGUUGAACUGGAAUCAUACGAAAAAUCUGAGUUCAACGAAGCGGUCACUGAGAUGCCAGACAGAAAUAUGGAGUCAAAUGAGGUUGUGAUCAAGUUAAUUGAUGAAAAGAAAGACUUAAUAGAGCUCUCCGGCUUGUUGAAUAAAUAUAAAAAUAGAAAUAAUGAGCCACCUGGUGAUGAGAAAUCACUGUUAGAGGAAAUAAAUGGAAAGCUUCAAAACUAUCUGGAUCAGCAGAAAAAAUAUUUUGAUGCAAUGGAGAAGCUCAUCCCUGGCUUUAAAAUAGCUAUUUUUGAUCAUAAACUGCAAAAAGAUAGAAUAGUUGCAGAGAUAUGUAGAGAUGAGGAGGAAAAGAAAUAUGAAUCAAAGGUAGCUGGAAAAUCAGAGCCUGAUGGGCGUGAAAGACUUAGAACGCUGAUAAAAGGAUUGCACAAACCACAUCUCCACAUUGUUGGCAGCCCUUUAGGAAGAAAUGAAACAAGGAAGCCAUCUGUUGGAAACAGAAAUCAAAUGAGCCAUUCAUCUUCUGGAAACAAAAAUGAAAUGAGCCGGUCAUCUGCUGAUAACAAUGUUGAAACAAGUUCGCAAUCCUUUGGAAACAACAAAAAAAAUCUAAUUAACAAGCUACAAAAAUUUAAGAAGAAUAUAGAUGGCAAAUUAAAUAGUGAAGUUGAAAUAUGCCAGUACGAAAUCCUUGAAAAAGAAAUAUUAAAAGAGAUAGAAGACCUUGACCCACCAUUGCCGAAAGAUAAAGGAGAAGAGCAGGAUCCUCCUCAAGCCAACUGCUAUAGCAGUGAGCAGGUCAGGACAAUACUAAAGAAUAUGGCUUUCGAGGAAGGAAGGAAUAUUGUCUCACAUCCUGAUCCUAUAAUCCAAAGAAAAGAGAAUGUAAUACACAGAAAGAUGCUAGUACAGGAGCUGGGAUUAAAAUGCAAGAAAGGUGGGCGAUGUUGCACAGAAAAACCAGGUAUGUCGAGACUGAAGCUCAAAGCAGUAUAUGAGAAUAAGAAUGUAAAAGAGUGCAUGUGUACAAAUCGUCUGAAACAGCUCGCCAGACUAGAGAAUGAAUUUGAAAAUAUCAUUUUACAGCCUGAGAAGCAUCAUAUUGAGUUCGUGAGUGGACCGACCAGUUUCAUUAACACCAAUGCCAUUAAAAGAAUGAGAAACUUUAUUUAUAAACAUGCAACAAAAAAAGUUGUACAUACUGACUCGGAUUCAAAUUUCAUUUCCUCAUUGUCAAAAAGGAAAUUAACAACAGAAUAUAACGAAUCACGCUACUCUGUAGUAUGGAAAGAUUUUAAGCGAUCUGGGCUCUUUCAUAUUAAUUUGGAAGCGCAAAGGAUGACCAACGAACGCAUAAUUAUUAGACCUCAGUACAAAAAGAGAGUGAAAGUAUUAUCAGGAGGAAGAAUAGGCCUUGAUCCCCUCUAUGGUGAAUAUGUCUGCACGGGCAUGUUGGAUGGUGCUGUCCUUGGAAAUGAGAGAAAUGGGCCAAUUCCUCGAACUAUUCUCCAGGCAUUGAAAGAACUGGAUUCAGGUGAAGGAGUGGUAAUAAUAAUUCUUAAUGAAAGUGAAGAAAGAUUGAGUUUCUUAUUUGCCAUCGAGAGAGCUCGCAAGCUUGGUAUCAGUGCAGAACUUGUUUUAGCCAGGGAUGAUAUAUCUCACCAUCAGCCUGAAAAAUGGAGAUAUGGAAGCAGGGGGCAUAUUGGUAUUGUUCUUCAGUUUAAGAUCGCAGCAGGAAUGGCCGCAAAGGGUCACAAUCUUGCCGAGAUCGCCCGCGUCACACAAGCCAUUCAGAUAGCAACUCUUGAUUGUUAUUUGACGAAGUAUGGUCCCUUCAUUGGUUCUGGAAUCAGAAAUGAAAAAGGAUAUUACAUUCCUGGUUUACAAGCUGAGGAUGUAUUAUCAGAACUAUUAAGGCAAUUAAUAGACCCAGCGGGGCAUCACGCAAUUGUUCCUGAGCCAGAUACCAAAAUGAUCAUACUUAUCAACAAAUUUAGGCUGCGCAGUGAUGAAAUUUAUUCUAUUAUUUCUUUUUUGAGCAAGAGAAUACUUGAAACGGGUGCAAAGGUGGGGCGUAUUUAUCAUGGCAAUUUUUCUGCUUUUACGAGGCAAGGAUUUUCCAUUACCGUGGCCAAAGACUGGAACGAUGAACUGCUGCAAUUUCUAGAUUAUCCCACCACUUGUGUUCAAUGGCCCCCUCACCUGUCUGGGAGCAGAAAUGUCAUUCUUACCAGAACUAGGCUUUAUAGGCCACAUAUUAUUGGCGCCCAAGUCCCUCCUGAAAAUGUUGGUAUUGUUUUUGAAGUUUUAGAUAGGACUUUGAGGGAAAUAGCUUUUUCUUUGGAUAAGAUUUUAGAUAGUUACAAAGUUAUCGGGGAUGUUCUCCUAAAAGUUGUCUGGAUCCUUAAGCCUAACCUUAAAAGAUUGCCGCUAGACAGGCCUUAUUUAUUUUUGUGUCUUGUUGGAAAAGUACUCAAUGUGAACGUACCUGGAGUCGGCAAAUAUUUUCAGCUAAUCCUUGUUGCCGCAGCACAAGAAUUCAUGCAAGAUCCUGACUUAGUUGUCAGUUGGAUGAACUGGUGUAAAGCUUUAUUAAAGGGAAUACAAACUUUGGCUGGAUAUACAAAGUUCAAAGUUGGCGAGGGAACAAUGAUAGACUAUUUGAUGCCGAUUGCAGAUUCUAUAGCUGGCAUUAAAGAAGGGUGGAGCCCGCUACCUUUUCUCUUUGAAGGAAUAGAAAAAGUUAAUAAUAUAGAAGUGAAAAGAAAAGAUGAUUUAGGGAUCAUUUUACUUGGCCAACUAUUCAGAAACAUGUAUUUGUGCUUGAACGAAUGCGUCGGUCAUUACCCUGGAAAAACUUGGUGGAAGUUGAGGCUCUCACCACAAAUUUUGUUGGUAAAUCAAUCUUGUGAAGAUGAGAUAUGCUCUGAUGCAAUUCCCGAAAAUAUCCAGAAACAGAUUGAAGAAAAAGAAAAAAAGUGGCUGGAACAUUCUACACCAGGCUCUUCAGUAUAUUCUCUCGAAGCUAGUAAAAAUACUGAGCCUUCUAUAGAAGUUUUGUCAUUAGAAGAACUUGAAAGCGAUUCAGAAUGCAUCAAGUCUGCUACAGGUGUAUUAUAUGAUCAGCAACAUGAAGAAUUUCCAGAAGACUUUUACUCAAUAUCUGAGGAAUCAAGUUCUUGGAAAUACUUGUGAUAACCUUUUCUAUAAAUAUAUCUCAAAAGUUUAGUCUAUUCCUACUUUAUAGGCUCAGUUAAGUGCGUGAAGACCGAUAUGAAUUAAUCACAUUUUAGUAUUUGCAAUAAGUAUAAAAUAAUGCCCUUUAAUUGAUCCUUCUCAUUCAGCUCUCUUCUGUAGAUGUGGGUUUAAAAUUGGACAAUGGAAAUAAAUAACACUUAUAAAUAUGUAAACAAUCACUUUUCCUGUUGUUGCUUCUGCCACUACUAUUACCCAGUGCUCCCUAAAUUAGCAGACUUUGUUGGGGUAGUCCAAGUAUGGCAGCACUAUGUAAAUAACCUGUUAAAGGUUAAUUGUAAAAGACCUUUUUUGGCGGGAAUAGUGAAUAGCCUUCCGCUUUUAUAUCAGGGAACUAGGUUAUUUACACUCGUGAUUAUUAAAACAAAACCCGGCACUGGAUAUAGACUUUUUGAGGGCGUUUAACUGUUGUUGGGAAUUCGGGAAUCUAAUACCUUUUGUGACACUGAAUGAGAAGAAACAAUAAGAAUACAUAUAUGAUGUGGGACUUAGUAAACACUUUAAAUGAAUUGACUCACCUGGUUCGUUAUUCUUCAGUUGUGAGGCAUAUAGGACAACUAAAUAAAAUGACUUUUCAUUCCUGUAUAAUAAAACAAUUUUAUUUUACAACUGUAAUAAACGAAUGUAUAUAAGUCUUAUAACUGUAGGCUCGAUGUUCUUAGUCUUCAAUGUAGUAAGCCUCUCUUCCCAGAUGAUGUCUUCUUGUCUUCGUGUUCAGGCCUCAAGUGCUCUUCUCGGCGUCCUUCUGCCAGCUGUUGCUAGCUACCUGCUCUGACCUUUUUCCAGCGUCCUUCUUUAUCGAUAUCAGACAUUUCCACGAAUAAUUUGUCCACUGCAUAAUUGAGUACAAUUCAUCGUGCAACCUCACUUUCCUAUAUUUUAUAUAUUCCUUCUCAUUCCCUCACACAAUGUUACAUGAAGGAGUAAAUACUGGGAGCUAUCUACUACAUAUCCCUACUGUUUAACUUAUAAAUUUUUUGUUCGAGUGAGAACCACAAAAUUUAAGAAAAAUGACCGUGAUGAAAUGAACUUUUUUUUUUGGUGUAAUGGAAAUUUUAUAUUUUAAUGUGCAUGCUUAAAAUCAUUCCUAAAUGCAGUCAUGUAUCGGCGAAAAAGAAAAAAUUAUUUAAAUGAUUAUAUAAAGGUAUAAACAGAUCACGUAAAUAUGUAGGGCCCGUAACGUCUGAAAUUAGGGAUGAUAAUAACAAUAUUCUGACCGAUCCGGUUGACAUAUUGAAUAAGUUUAAGGACCACUUUGACAAUAUUUUAAAUACGGGAAAUUAUGAUCUGUGUCCUCCUUCUGAGUACCAGAGUGCUGAACCGUUAAUAGAAGGACCAAGUAAAGAGGAAGUUGAAGUAGCUAUCGGAAAAUUAAAAUCAUAUAAAGCAGCGGGAAUCGAUAAUAUUCCUACUGAACUAAUUAAGGCAUGCGGGGAAGCUGGAGUUUCUAAAAUACAUCGGUUGGUUAAAAAGAUCUGGGUGAACGAGAAAUUACCUGAAGAAUGGAAAGAAUCUAUUCUUAUUCCGAUUCACAAAAAGGGUCCGAGGACGGAUUGGAAUAACUAUCGAGGAAUUUCACUCCUUCCGGUAUGUUAUAAAAUAUUCACUUUAAUCUUAACCAGUCGAAUCACGGAAUACGCCGAGGAAAUUAUCGGAGACUACCAAUGCGGAUUUAGACGGAAUCGUUCGACUAUUGAUCAAAUAUUUUCUUUAUGGCAAAUAUUAGAGAAAAAAUUGGAGUAUAACGGUAUUGUUCACCAGCUGUGUAACAAGCGAUUGGUGGUGUCGGUAUCGAACCUUCGGGUUCGCUAAGCCUUAUUAUUAUAUUAUAUUAUUAUAUAUACAAAAUUAUGAUAUAUACAAAAUACACAAUUUAUAAAAAAUCAGCAGUUUUAGGUGUAAGAGAAAAUUACUGGAUAGUUUAAGAUGAACAUCUAAACCUAUUAUCUCUAGUUAAAUGCGAAUAUAAUCUGUAAAAAAAUGUUUGAAGUCCACAAUGGAAAUAAAUUAAUGGGUAAUUUAUAUUAUUUAUUAUUAAACCAGUUUGUUUAUUACUAUUAUUUAUUUUAUUUAUCUAUUUAUUGAUUUUUUAUUUUAUAUCCCUAAGACAAGCCUGUGUUUGUAACCAUACAUUUCCAAAAAUUUUAUUUUAUCAUUCUCCUAACCUGGGUCUAUAGGUAAUGCAUUGGCUUGGUCCUCCUGCACAUAGUAUUUCUUAAGGAGUGCUGCAUGAAAAAUUCCUCUGACAACAUCGGGCUCAUUCUUGGCAGUUAACAAAUACACUGAAGCACCCAGUUUGUGUUUUAUUUGGUAAGGUCCCUGGAACCUAGCCAUCAGUUUGGCUGCUAGUUUCUUUUCUUUAACACUGUAGUUGAGAGCCUUAAUGACCACCAUCUCUACUGGUUUCAAAACAGGGAACUUGUCAGUUGUGUCUAUGACAUAAGCUUUCUUCCUGUUUAUAAAGUCUCUAGUUUCAUUGAUUAACGAUUGGUGGUCUAUUUAUUGGUGCCUCCGAGGUGCUUGAAAUUUCUUUAAUGCUGUCUCGUGGUCUAGGAGGGUGUUUUCCUGUGAGUACUCUAUGUGGUACUUCAUCAAUCGUCGAGUGGUAUGUGUAAUUCAAGGUUUCUUGAAUCAAGAGAACAUCCUUGACCUGACAUGGCCUAACUUCCCCAAUUUUCUUUUUGAUAAAUAGCAACAGACUGACAUAUGAUGAGUCUGAGAGCUCAAUUAUAUUUUGGUCGUGCCACUGUUGGAUUUCCAAUUUGGCUGAUUCCAAUAACCGAGGCUUUAUUAUAAGGUACGAUCUCAUUAUGAAUGGUGUUUGGUCAUUAACUAAUAUCUGGUGAGUAUAUCCUUUUAUUACUCCUAUUGUGUUUUUAAAUACAUUUGGGUAAUUAUCCAGUAUCUCGUUUAACCUUUGGUGAAGUUGGUUAUUUUCAUAUUUUUCUUCAUCUGCUUUUAAUUUUAAGUCCCCAAUUUCUUCAAUGUGAUUUAUUCUGUAUUCUUUGUUGUCCCCAAUUGACUUGAUAGAAACCCGUUCAAUUGAUGUAUUAAUAUUGAUAAUCAGUAUCAUGCUAGAUAGAUUGAUAUCGGCUUUCAUGUCUUUUAGUGAUUCAAACCCUAUUAUACAAUCACAACUCAAUUCUGGCACAACUAGCAUUAUUAGCUCUACUUUAUUAUUACCCAAUGAAACAUCAAUGUACCACUGUCUAUCAAUUUCUUUGACUUUUUGUUACAUGCCGUAAUUAUUUGUAAGGUUUUGCAAGGUUAUAUGUGUAAAUUUGGAACUGUACAUUGUAGUCGUGUCAGGC